GAUUACAGACUGAGAAAUGUACCUCAUAUCGUGGGAACAUAUGUUCAUGUACUAUGGGUCAGUUUAUGAAAUAUACAAAUAGACAAACUUUAUAAAUCAAUACAAAACUUUAUUAAACUUUUUUAAGUAUUCACUGCAUUCAAUUGGAUUAAUGAACUUCAAUAAUGAUACAAAACGUAUUCAUUUUUCAUGUCAGUGAAUGAUCACAUCAAAAUAUGAGGACGUUACGCAACCAUUCUGAUGUUAAUUUACUUGAUAAUUUUAUUGUGUUCACAUUUAAUGGCUAUUAUAAAUUAAUAUAAAUCAAAGCAUAAAAUCAAUACAAGAUGUAGUAUCGUUUGAAUAGUAGAAAUUAUGUUUUAUAAGGUAUAAGUAAACACAUAUCUGCAAUCAAACUGGGGCGUUUCUACAUUUAAUGUUUAUUAGUAACAUUUGAUUGGUUGAUAUUAUUAGCCAAUAAGGGCUGAACUAUGAAAUGAUUUAUAGAUAUCGAAUUCAUUUACAAUUUCUAGCAUACUAAAUCACUUAUGAACAUUUAAAGCAAAUUAUACGGAAUUUCUAGUAACCUUUUAAAUGAUUCAAAGUACAAACUAGAAUAAAAGUUUGCAAAUAUAUUAUUCACAUACAAUGAAUAAAAACUAUUCGAGAACAUCAUGGGAAAACGAACUAAACGAUGUCAGUGUUCUUCUUGGUUCAAUUAUAUCAAGGCGCGAAAUGCUGGAACAGUCCCAAAAUGCAGCUAAAAUUUUAUUUCCCUCAUGUUGGUUAGCUGAACUGGUUAUUUCAAAUAGACAUCAACCAUCAGUAAACUGUCCUCUUGAAGUACUUAUUCGUGAAAUCAGAGACUCAACUGAUCAAGAGAUUAGUGUUAAAGAAGUAACGACAAGUUUUAUUAAUCAAUUAGCAUCUGUUAGCAAAAUUCAAAAUCAGUCAAACUUCAAUACAACGAACAACAAUCAGCACAUGAUAUCAUUCGAGUUGAAUAAAGACAAUAAAUAUGGUGAAUAUGUUGCUCAUUUUGUUAUGAUUUUGGAAUCACUACCGAAAGCUCACCUUCACAAGGUACAACUGCUCAAAGAUCAGCUUUCGUCUACACUGAAUCGAAUUAUUCGUCUGGAACAAUUCAAUGAAUUCUCAUCAAGCUCAUCACUUUUAAAGCAAAGAUAUCCAUGUUGCAGUCAGGGUACAGAAGCUUCAACAUGGAUAAGUCGUGAAGAUAAUGCGUUGAUUCUUAAGCUUUGUGAAUCACUUUGGGAUAAAGAAGCGAAUCGUUUACAACAUAAAGUUCUUAGAUAUAUAAUGGAGCGUACAAAUUCAGAAAAUGGUUUUAUCGUGAUGCGAAAUAUCGACACUUCAGAGUUGGUUUGUCACUGUACUGGAAAUGAAAUAUUCGAUGAAUCUACAUAUAUUGAAAAUGAUAGUUUUUUUAAUGAAAUAAUGCAAUCAAGAAAAACAUUUAAAGCAUCACAAUUAAAUUUAGAACAAGAACAUACUUUAUUAUCUAUUCUAUCAGUUCGUAAUGCAUACAUGAAUAAUGAGAAUUAUAUAACUAAUCAAAAUACAGAUAUUCAAAUUCAUUCAGUUUUGUGCAGUCCAGUGUUUACUCGUUCUAGUGAUAACCCUAUUGCAGUUGUUUGUUUGAUCAAUAAAAGAAAUUCUCAAUUUACACAAUCAGAUGAGCGUAUUAUCGAAGAAUGUUUUCGUUUUGUUGCACCUAUCCUUUUAAGCUCAUUGGCAUAUCAAAACGAACGUUACAUAAGAGAUAGAACUGAAGAUAUGCUUAAAGUUGCAAGAAAUAUUUUCACUCAUAUGAUGGAUUUAACAAAUCUUUUAUUGAAAAUAAUGCAAGAAGCUCAAAAUUUAACCAAAGCUGAAAGAUGCUCAGUUUUUUUGCUUGAAUCAGAAACUAAUGUAUUAGUUGCAAAAGUAUUAGAUGGAUUACCAACAGCUCCUAAUAAAAAUACACGUUUUACAACAGCAGAUGGCAAAACUGUUACAUUACCAGAAGAAAUUCGACUAAGUUUAAAUCAAGGCAUCGCUGGAUAUGUAGCUACAACCGGUGAAUUGUUAAAUAUAAAGGAUGCCUAUGCUCAUCCACUUUUUUAUCGUGGUGUUGAUAAAGAAACUGGAUUUCGUACAAGGAAUAUAUUGUGUUUUCCAAUAAAAAAUGAAAAAGAUGGUAUAGUUGGUGUUGCACAAUUAUGCAAUAAAAUCAAUCAUCCUUUUUUCACAAGAGCUGAUGAAGAUGUAGCUAAAACAUUUUCAAUUUAUUGCUGCAUAAGUAUAGUACAUUCGUUAAUGUACAAAAAUGUUCAAGAUGCACAACACCGUACUAAAUUGGCCAAUGAACUUAUGAUGUACCACAUGAAGGUGGAUGAAGACAGAAAGAAUUGGUUAUCCACUUGUGAAAUUAAAGAUAUCAAUACAUUUCUACCUAAUACAAGUUCUUUUGAAUCUUUACCAAGAAAUAUUCAACCUGAAAAUGAGACGUAUCUCUGUACAUUAAGCAUGUUUCAUAAUUUGAAUUUAAUUAAUCGUUGGCGUAUUUCACGGAGAACACUGGCUCAAUUCAUCCUGAUGGUUCGUCGUGGUUACCGUACUCCAGCUUAUCAUAAUUGGAUGCAUGCAUUUUCUGUUGCACAUUUUGUUUAUGUCUGUAUUAAAAAUUUACCAUUAGCUAAUAAUCAAUUGGAUGAUAUUGAAAUAUUGGCAUUAUUUGUAGCAUCAUUAUGUCAUGAUAUCGACCAUCGUGGAACGAACAACAGUUUUCAGGUCCAAUCUAAAUCUGUAUUGGCUGCUUUAUACAGUUCAGAAGGUUCUGUUUUAGAAAGGCAUCAUUUCUCUCAGACCAUUUGUGUAUUAAACACAGAGGGAUGUAAUAUUUUUGAAAAUGUUUCAAAAGAAGAUUAUGGUCAGUUGUUAGAUCAUAUUCGUGACAUAAUCCUAGCAACUGAUUUGUCACAUCAUCUUCGUAUAAUGCCAAAAUUGGAAGAACUAUCUCAUAGAGGGUAUGAUGGGACGAAAUCAGAGGAUCGUUACCUUCUUUUAUGCCUCCUAAUGACUUCAGCUGACUUGAGCGAUCAAACCAAAUCUUGGAACAAUACAGUUUAUGUUGCGAAAUUAAUUUAUGAAGAAUUUUUCCAACAAGGUGAUAUGGAAAAAUCAUUAGGACAUAAUCCAGUUGAUAGUAUGGAUAGGGAACGAGCAUGUGUGCCACAUUUACAAAUCUCUUUCUUGGAUUAUAUAAUUACACCACUAUACAAGUAGGUUUAAUUAGUCUUUUAGUGAUAUAGUCUAUUACAUAACGAGUGUUACCUUUGUCAUCUGUGUGCUCCAAAUACCAUUUUGAUUAUGAUUUUAAUGUUCUGACCAUUAUUUCUUCAUGAAAAUUUACAAUGUUGUCACUACUAGAAUUUUUUAGAAUCUUAGGACUCUUUAAAUGAUUCUUCGUCUCCAUAUCGGUACCUGGUUUGAUGCGACCAGAAACUCGGAGAUAAUAUGAAAGCUCAUUUUCAUAGUCCAACAGGAAUCGGUCAUCAUCAUGUAAAUUUCAUUUCUUGGUAUGCAAAUAAAGAGAGAUCACGAAUAUCAAAUUGGCCAAAUUUGAUACAGAUUUUUUGCAUGAUGUAAUCCGUCAUGUAUUUCGCUAUGUUUGUAGCCAUCAACCUUAUUACCUUCAUGUGCGUAUUUUCUGAAAACACAUGGUAUACGAUUGUUAUUAAACAAUUAAUGAUUACAUAUUUAAAAAGAGUAUCAAGUUACUCUAGGAUACAUUUGCACUUUACUUUUUAUUGAAAUAUUCAGAACACUUGAGACAAAUAACAUAUAACUUUCAAAAUAUGUUCAUAUAUGUUGUUGACUCCUAUCAUUUCACCUGUCUUACAUGAGAGUGAUAUUCUGUUCUCUAGGUAUUUUUCUCAUAUCCAUCCAAUUAAUCUAUGUCAGUUUGAUCAUAUUGAUAGCUUCAAUAGCAUAGAUAGAUUUAAUCCAGGUUCAAACAAAAAACAUACAAUUUAAGGGUAUUAAUUUCCACUGACUUGUUUUACGAUGUCUAGAUUUUAUAUUAAUCUAAUCGUUUACUGUACAGGAAAUAUACGAUCAUAAUCUGAAGCUUGGAAAAUGCAAAAAGACAAUUCCAGCUAUGAUAAACAGGAUCUUAAGAAUAAUGUUUGAGGUACUGAACAAUUUAUAUCCGCAAUGCUCAAGUAUUUUAGAUACUAUAGAGAAAAAUCGUGAUAACUGGAAAAUAAUUCUUGAACUUGUCGAAAAAGGUGAUAUUAAAGGUAAUGGUUCGGAGAUUUUCAAUCAUAAUCUUAUUGAAAUAUUGGCUCAGUUACAAGUGAAAUCAACAACGGAACCAAAAUCAGUAUCCUUGGCACCGUCAGUUGUACAACCACUUUCAUCAUAUUCGUCAUCAUUAAAACCAGAUGAAUAAAAUUUGUUAUUUUGUGUGAUGUAAAUUAACUUAAAAAGAUGAUUUUCCUCUUUCUUAUUAUGUGUAGAUUAUCAAACAAUCCUUCAUUUCCUUUUUUUAAUCUGACAAAUAUAUCAAUUCUAGUGUAAGUGUACAUAAAUCAGCUGAUCAAAAAUAAACAUUAAAAAGUAACUUGCAUAUUUGUAAAAAUGCCAGAGAUUGAAAACAAAAUUAACUCCACAGUUUAGCUGGACAGCUUGCUCUGAGCUUCUUUGGGAAAAUGACCAAAUCUCAGAAUUAUUAGGUUUAAAAUAGGGAUC